GGAGGAUGUCGCUUUUGUAAAUAAUUACCAAAAUCAUAAGGUAUAAUAGCCAUCAUUAUAGGCGGAAUAUUUACGAUCUUAUUAUUAUUUUUUUUUUUAUUCAAAUAAAGGAAAGACCGUGGGGGUAGCCCAUGUGGUCAUAAAGUAGCAAAACCGAAACUAGUUGUAUCACAUCAAAACAAAGGAACUAUGACUAGAUUAACAUGAACGCCUCAAUAAAAGCGUCCCAAGCAAAAAUUAAACUGCGUAAUAUAAACUCGUAAUCUCGUAAGACUUUAAACUCGAAACUGUGUAAGUGUAUGAGUGUAUGUAUAAUUGUUCGUGUAUGUCCGCGGUGUCUUGAACUCGGUAAUGCCGUAGGUGCGUUAGUCGUGGUUAGGCCCAAGGAACUGCGCGGAUCACUUCCCCCUGCGGCCUAAGACGAUCUUAUUGUUAAAUAUAAGAUCGGAUUACGAAAUACUGCUCUGUCGGGACGAUGACGUCAGUGCACUGAAAUGUAAUCAGUGCGCACGUACCUAUUGAAGCUGACGAAUCAGAUUCCGUUGCUAAUUGCUAUCCAAGCGAUGAUCAUUUUCAUGAAAGCCGUCUAGCAAUUUUGUUGUCAAUGGAGUGUGGACUCGUGGCAAACCUGAGCAACCUGGGCAACGUGGCGAGCGAGAGACGAAAAAACCGGGGAAUUCCAGAAAAGGCGGUAGAUGUUAGUUUUGUGUUUUGUAGCGAGUGUAUUGUCAGUCCUACGUCCUACCAGUCACCGCCCACCGGUCGCCUGUGUCUUCAAAAUACUGUCGCCUUGUGCUCGUGUAUCGAGCUCAAAAAAACGCUCAAUCACGAUGGAGGAGAUUCGAGUUAUGUGGUGCGAUGCACUGGAGGAAUUGCUCCAAUGUCCCGUGUGCUUAGAAGCAACACAGGGUGUAAAAGUCCAAUGCGUAAAUGGCCACCACAUUUGUAAUCCGUGCAGAGUACAGUUGCAGGUCUGUCCCAUAUGUAAAUCUCCCUUUAUGGGAACAAGAAAUUUGGCAGUGGAACAAAUCUCAGCCAAAUUGCAGGACAUAAAGUUAUCCCUGCUGAAUCCAUAUCAUGCGCUCAAUAGAAGAACUCUACAUAAUAAAAUUUGUGUGGCUACUCAAACCGAAGAUAUUGUCAUGCCUUCCACUGCCUGUCAAACUGAACCCGUGACUCAAGCUAAGCCAAUUACCCCAAGAAACGAGCAACAAAAAUUUAUGCUGAAUUUGGCACCUAGAGUAGGAAAAGGAUUAUAUCCGUGUCGUAUUGGAACUUGUGUAAUGGAACUACCACAUGGACGAAUGAUUGGCCACUUAAGAUAUCACCAUAAAGAUGUAUUUUAUGAGUUCAACGCAAAAGAUAAUAUAUUAAAAAAGAAAUGGACUCUGGAGUAUAUCUUGAAUCGGGAUUACGAUUUCGCUUUCCAUAUCAAAGAGAUGGGUCUGUUUUUCUUGAAUAUUUCCAUAAAUCAGAUGGGUGAUCUGAUGGGUUUCUUGCAAAUUGUGAACCACAUCUCUGUAUCCAAACAAUUCACAUAUACAUUUGAAGCAAUUGGGACAUUUAAUGCUACUUACAAUGGCCCGGUGAAAUCAUGCAGAAUACCGAGGCAAAAUUUUUCAAACGACUGUUUGCGCAUACGCGAGAAUAAUAUGCGCCAUCUGAUUGACAAUAAAAACUGUUUUCACUGUAAUCUAACGAUAAAACGUAGAGUUGAUUACAGAGCAGUCAACGCGCAAAAUAAUCCAGUGCCUGCUCCUGAUGACAUAGUGGAUAAUUAAAAGAAACUAUAUAAUUUAUCAUUUCUUAUUCUUAUCCCAAAAAAAGAACGAUGAUUAUUUGAUCGAUUGAUUUUUCUGUAAAGUGUGAUAUUCCUGUACAAACAAUUGAAGCUUAUUUCUUAAUUCAGCAUAAACCAAAAUUUUAAUUAUUCAUUAUGUUACUGGCGAUGCUUAUGAUUUUAUAACUGUCGAUGUAAUUUAAGUAAUUUAAGUGUUCAUUGAAAUAAGAGUAUGUUUUUAGACUCGUUUUAGUACACUUACAUCUCUCAGUACUGCCUAAUUGAUAAACUAAAGAAGAGAUUGAAAAAGGACUGAUUUUAUAUUGCGGAUUGCAGACCAGAUGCAAUCAGAUACAGAUAACGCGACAAUUUU